AGACACUUCUUCUCCUUGUUCACAACCUUCUCAUACCUGCAGAGAGAAUCAGGGUUAACGUGUGUGUUCGGACAUCAGCGCUCUAAGUAUUUUUUAUUUUCUUUUGCAUGUCAUCAUGCGCUGGUUGCUGGCUGGAUGCUGUGGGCUCGCUUUGAUCAACAUCUCAGUGGCCCCAAACCCCGCCGUGCAGAUCACCCAGAAGCCCCGGUUCUACGGUCUGAAAGCCAGAACAAAUUUGUUCUUUUGCUGCCUGUCCUCCCAGAAUGUCCGGUCGGCCGAUGUGAAGUGGUUCAAGACCGACAGGUACGACGACGAGGAUGUAAAGAGCAGACGCCCAUUAGUGGCAGGACGAGGGUUUGAAUAUCAUAACGAAAAUCCGAAACAAAUGUUUCUCGUCCUGCAUGAUGUGCGCAUUGAGGAUAAGGGAGUGUACUUCUGCAAGGUUAACGAAACAUGGGGACCCGGGACUGCACUUCAAGUUGCCAAACCCAUUGACCUUACCCGGGCUCUGUAUAGGACCCAGAUGAAGGAUGGUCUCAUUAUCCUCCAGGGCCUGCUGAUGGCGGUUUGUAUCGCUGCUGUGCUGCUGCGCAAACAAAAACUGUACGAAAAGCAGGACAGCAUAUACGAGGAGCCUGAAACGGAUCACAUCUAUGAGGGUUUGGCGAUUGAGACGUGUGGAGGAGGUCUGUAUGAGGAACUCUCUGUCUACGCCCAGGCUGAUGUAGCUGAGGGAGCUGAGGCCCCAUGGGAGUGAGACCGCCGCACAAUUACAUACUACUUACAAGUUCUUGAUAGAAAAAGUAUGAAUACAUUGUUAAAGGGAGAGUUUGGAUUGUUUGAAGUGGGGUUGUACAGUAUGAGGUACUUAUUGUACAGUAGAUGGCCGCCUCCAUGUCUCAGCUUUGAGAAACAGACAGGAGUGCUGGAGCAAAACAAUGAACUGCUGUGAAUAAGGUCAGCAGAAAAACAUAUUUUAGCCGCCUAAAAAAAUCAAUAUCAGCUGUAUUCUCAAUAUUUGUUAUUGCUCGCUGUUAGACAACCCUCUAUCCGUUAUCUAUGCUCUCCUCAAAGCCACCAGACCAUUCAUUUUACCUUGCAGAACACAGUAGUUACUGGUCUACUGCUGCCUUUAUUGGUUAGUUACUUUGUGAUAUUGUGUGACUUUGUUGUUUCAAAGAAUUAGUUCUGAUUCACCUCAGUCACAUACUAACACAAACAAACUAACCCUAUGGAGACAGCGGUAGACCAGCUACUCCUUUCUUCUGCAAGGUAAAAUUACUGUUUUUGUCAAAGGAGUCUGGUGGAUUUGAAGAGAGCAUAAAUAACGGCCUCAAUUCCCUGAAGGCAAAGUAGAGCAGUGACAAUAUUCCAAAUAUAGCGCACACUUGAACUGAUAUUGAAUAUUUGUUUUGCCGCUUCCGUCCACAGCAGUACAUUACUUUGCUCUGGAGUACUCCUGUCCGUUACUCCACAUCUACUGUAGUAAUAACCUGACUAUGGAUAAACAUUUUGUACAACGCCACUUCAACAAAUCUGAUCUCUACCUUUAAGAGCACUAGAGGAGAUUUCUCAUUUUUCCUCUAGUAACAGUUUGUUUAUAAAUGUGCAACAUCAUAGUUAUUCUAAAACGCUUGCUAUACACACUGUUGAUUUUAUGCUAUGCAGUAACUACGGGGUGAAUAAAUCAGAUGUGAUUUCAAUUGUUUAGAAGUGUAAAGGAAAAAUUCAGCAAUUCAGACUCGAUAGCUGACAUUUUUGGUGCUUCAUGAGGCUUUUUUUUCUUUUUUUAAAUAUAGUGUUGUGUAUUAUUUCAUAAUGACUUCUCUGACUUGAGAGUUUUAUAUCUAUUUUAUCUAAAUGUCAGUGGACUUGUUGUUGUUUGAUUAUAUAAAAAAAUCUGUAUUCUUUUUGUUAAUGUAACAAGAACAAAAACAAUAAAAGUUUUUUUUCAUUUGCU